UUGAGAGAAAAUAUGGCAAGUUCAAACAUGAAUUACUACCUUCCAAUAAUUGCUAUGUUGUUAUUACAGUUUAUAUUUGCAGGUAUGACUCUUGGCACAAGGAUGGCUCUUUUGGAGGGUAUGAGCCCAAGGGUGUUUGUUGUUUACCGUAGUGCUUUUGCAACAAUUGUUCUUGCUCCUCUUGCUUAUUUAUCAUCAAGCAUUACAUUGUUUCAAAAUUUAUAUUUUGAAGGACUAUAUCUUUCUUCAUCAUCAGUUGCAAGUGCCAUUUCCAAUCUUCUUCCAGCAAUCACAUUUGUAAUAGCAGCUUUUGUAGGAAUGGAAAAAUUGAAUAUUAGAAGUUUGAGAACUAUAGCCAAAAUAUUGGGGACUGUGAUUUGUGUUAGUGGAGCAGUGUCCAUUGCAUUGUUGAAGGGUCCAAAGCUACUAAAUGCAGAAAACAUGCCAUCAAAAUCUAUCAUAGGCUUAUCCUUAAAAAGUGAUGAUAAUUGGUUGCUUGGAUGUUUGUUUCUUUUAGGAAGUAUUGUUGCCUGGUUAAUUUUUCUCAUUUUGCAGGUUCCAGCUUAUGAAAGUCAUCCAAAUUAUAUAUCACUUUCAGCCUGGACGUGUUUAAUGGCAACAUUACAAUCAGCAAUAGUGACAUUAUUCAUCGAGCAAGACCUAAAUGCAUGGAAGAUUACUUCUAUACUUGAACUUGGAAGCUCUUUAUAUGCAGGAAUUAUGGGAUCUGCAGUAACAUUUUGUCUCCAAGCAUGGUGCAUUUCAAAGAGGGGACCUCACUUCUUUGCUAUGUUUAUUCCUGUCUUCACAAUAAUUUGUACGGUAUUGGCUGCUUUGUUGCUUCAUGAAGAAAUAUACUUUGGAAGCUUGAUAGGUGCAAUCGGAGUGAUUAUUGGCUUGUCUAUUGUGCUUUGGGGUAAAGCUGAAGAUGUAGUUGAUAUCAAAGAGAAGAUAGAUCAAAAAUCAAUAGCUAAUGAGACUGAGGAAGUGAAAUUACUUAUAGAUGAAUCCUCUGAAAAGGAAUAUUCUAAGACUGAUUUGAAAGAACCUCUCUUACAGUGUUAG